CGAGCAGUCAGGCUGUUCAGGCUGUUACGGAGUAUGUAGUUGCACUGUGAGAGACGUCCCGGAGGGUCAAGGCUCUGCCCGUGUAUCUAGGCAAGGCCCGUUUUCCCCAUUUCCCCAUUCCCUCGACCCGGCCAGACCGUUUUCUCCCCAAACCUCAGCACAGCACGCACACCACACACGACACGACAACCGACGCCCAACACUCGUCCGUCUAGAACCCCAUUGCUGCCUUCCUUGUCUGGUGCCGUCCGCCCCUGGCCCGUAACCAACGCCCGGGGCGGCUAGACAUGACGACGCAAGUCCGUCACGCCCCUCCCGAAGCUUGCAGGGGUGGCUGAUUGUCUGCUCCGGCUGGUUUUCGUCAGACGGCAACCCAAACAACCACAAUCACCACCCUCAGCUCUUCUCUGGCCAGUCGAAUGCUGUCGUCAAGCUUCAAAGGCUCCACUGGGCCAAAUCCUAUAUAUCCUCGGCUUCACGCGCUAUCCCAUCGUGGACCCUCAGCUGGAAUAACUCGGCCCCAGUCUCGACCCGCACCCGUGCUCGAUUCUUCCAAGCCUGGAUCCAUACCGUCCCCGUACCCACUCCCACUCCCAUUGUGGACUCGUCACUUUCACAAGCGUCUGAACUUACACACAACCCUGUCACUCUCAGAGCCCGGCAUCCCCUACUCCAAGUCACCCCUCUGCCCAUUUCAUACAAGUACCAUGGCUCCCUCCCGCGAUCCUGUUGCUCGAACCGCUUCUCCUUAUACCGACCCCAAAGUCCAAGGCCCUCGAGCUCAGAUUCUCUCCUCCGGUACUCAGUCAGAUCUUCGCAAAAUGCUUGUCAACACCGUCAACAAAACCGGCCUCCACCCGAGUGGUGUGCAGCCGCACCGCGAACACACCGAGCUUGAGGAAGAAUUGCACGAGAAGGCACACAUUGACUACGACCGUGUUGCAAUUAUUCCCAACCCUUCAGUUGCUGCUCUUUACGAAGAUGCUCUCGUUUACGAGCCUGGUUCUGCCAUUUCAUCUUCCGGCGCCCUGACUGCCUACUCUGGCAAGAAGACCGGCCGUUCUCCUCUGGACAAGCGAAUUGUCCAGGAGCCCGGCUCAGAAAAGGACAUUUGGUGGGGCCCAGUGAACAAGCCCAUGGGCACAGACGUCUGGAAGAUCAACCGCGAGCGUGCUGUCGACUACCUCAACACCAGGUCUCGCAUUUACGUGGUAGAUGGUUUCGCAGGAUGGGAUGAGAAGUACAGGAUCAAGGUGCGGGUCGUUUGUGCCCGUGCCUACCACGCUCUCUUCAUGCGCAACAUGCUCAUCCGUCCUUCGCGUGAGGAGCUUGAGAACUUCCACCCCGACUACACAAUCUACAAUGCCGGAUCCUUCCCAGCAAACCGAUACACUGAGGGCAUGACCUCGGGAACCUCCGUCGCCAUCAACUUCGCCGAGAAGGAGAUGGUCAUUCUCGGCACCGAGUACGCCGGUGAGAUGAAGAAGGGUAUCUUCACUGUUCUCUUCUACGAGAUGCCCAUCAAGCACAACGUCCUGACCCUGCACUCAUCCGCCAACGAGGGCAAGGACGGCGACGUUACCCUCUUCUUCGGCCUGUCUGGUACCGGCAAGACAACACUCUCUGCCGACCCCAACCGCGCCCUGAUUGGUGACGACGAGCACUGCUGGAGCGACCACGGUGUCUUCAACAUUGAGGGUGGCUGCUACGCCAAGUGCAUUGGCCUGUCGGCCGAGAAGGAGCCAGAUAUCUUCGGUGCCAUCAAGUUCGGCUCCGUUCUCGAGAACGUCGUCUUUGACCCAGAGACCAGACUGGUUGACUACGAUGACUCGACUCUGACGGAGAACACUCGAUGCGCCUACCCUAUCGAGUACAUCGAGAACGCCAAGAUCCCUUGCCUGUCGCCCAGCCACCCCAGCAACAUCAUUCUGCUCACCUGUGACGCCCGCGGCGUGCUGCCACCGAUCUCCAAGCUGAACAGGGACCAGAUCAUGUUCCACUUCAUCUCUGGUUACACUUCCAAGAUGGCUGGUACUGAGGAUGGUGUCACCGAGCCCCAGGCCACCUUCUCGUCUUGCUUUGCCCAGCCCUUCCUGGCCCUGCACCCCAUGCGCUACGCCAAGAUGCUUGCGGACAAGAUUGAGAGCCACAAUGCCAACGCCUGGCUUCUCAACACCGGCUGGGUUGGUGCCGGUGCCCUCCAGGGUGGCAAGCGUUGCCCCCUGAAGUACACCCGUGCCAUCCUGGACGCCAUCCACUCUGGUGAGCUUGCCAAGGUUGAGUACGAGAACUACGACAUCUUCAACCUUCAGGUGCCCAAGACCUGCCCCAACGUCCCGUCUGAGCUGCUCAACCCGGCCAAGGCCUGGACUGCUGGUGGCGACAGCUUCACCGAGGAGGUUACCAAGCUCGGCAAGCUCUUCAACGAGAACUUCAAGAAGUACGAGUCUGAGGCCACCCCCGAGGUCAAGAAUGCCGGACCCGUCGUCUAAAGCACAUCCUCGCCUUGAUUGCUUCUCUUGUUGAACUUCGACCUGUUCAUAUUUAAUGCUUCCUAUUCCCAGUGCGGGGAUGAGUUUCGAGCACGCGCAUCCACCAUCGCAUCUGGCUUUGGCUUUUUUUGUUAGACCGAGCGAACACCUAUCAGAGACCCGCAAAGAGCACACGCGCUCCGAGCGAUAGGUCCAAUGAUACCACAACCGGGAUAAAUAUGGGAUAAGUUACUCAAAGGCCCAGCAACGAGCACACGCGCUCCGCGCUAUGCGGCUGCAUCACCGGCAGACAAGAAUGCCAUUAUGGUUUUGAGGAUUGAUAGCACUCAAUGGGAUCAAUGGUUGAUGCCCAAAUAAACAGCUGAGAAUGAAAAUGAGUUUUGGAACAAUUUACUUUUCACUAAUAUUCCCACUGUGAUGUGUUUGCUGUCCACUUCAUCGCAUCCAUUUUGGGAUACUUGUUCGGCUCAUCUAAACUCUUCAUCUAUCUGUUCAACGUAGGCAUUACCCUCUCGUGAUCUAUGAACAUAGUAUGUAGCGGAAGCUUAACACAUAACAUUCAGCCUGAGACAAGUUGAAUGAAG